UCUGUAAAUAGUACAGUGAGGAAGGAGAGAGAAAAAUGGCGUGCACGAAGACGCUGAUGGUGACGAAUAUUGCCGGCAAUGGCAUCGUGUUGCAGAAGAAAGUUAAAUUGAAUAGGCAAGUUGGUAGUCUGAGACAUUCCAUUGAGGAAGAAAGAUCUGUCUCAGCAAUGAAACUUAGAGUGAGGAAGAAGGGGAAGCAAAGAUGUGGAACAAUGGUAGCAAUGAAUAAGGGUGAGCUCAUCUCUGAGAAUUCCACCACCGUGAAGCUCUCGGCUCUGGUGACUGUAAGAAAUAAUAAGGUAUUGGGAAGUGAAAUGGUCAAUAACCUUCUCACCAUUUUCUUACCUCAAAACCACACCAAAGCUCUUCUUCUUCAACUCGUUAGCACCAACCUUGAUCCAGGGAGAAUGGAGGGAAAGUUGAGCAAGGAAACAGUUUUAAAGUUGAGUGAAGAGGGAAUAAGCAGUUACAAAGUGGAAUUCAGCGUUGAUUCUAAUUUUGGAACUCCUGGAGCUGUUACAGUUGUUAAUGGUUAUGAAAAUGAGUUGUUCUUGGAAUCCAUAACCAUUCAACAAAAUCUUCAUUUUUCUUGCAAAUCUUGGCUUCAACCCAACAAGCUUUACCCGGACAAGAGAAUUUUCUUUCUCAACAAGGCGUAUCUACCAAGCGAAACACCAAUUGGGGUGAAAGAGAUGAGAGAAAAGGAGAUGGUGAAGCUAAGGGGUGAUGGGAAGGGACGCAGGGUGCCUUCUGACAGAAUCUAUGACUACGAUUUGUACAAUGAUUUGGGACAUUCCAACUCUCACAGGCCAACACUCAACCCUUAUCCCACACGUUGCCGCACUGGACGCCCACUCACUACCACCAAUGGUGCCAAAGUGGAGUCACGACCGAGUGAAUCAGAGUUAAUAUACGUUCCAAGAGAUGAAGAAUUGAACGACAUAAAGCGGGAAGCUAUUAAUCAAGGAAAGUUGAUGGCAGUGUUUCGGAAUAUUAUGCCUGCGUUAACAGAGAAAAUCAUGGGCAAUCAAGCACUUUUCAACAUUGAUUACUUUAUUAAGGAAUCAGGUCAAUCUAUUCUCUUCAAUUUGGGAUGUGCUGCACAAGAUUUUUUUAAGUUCGACCCUCCAAAAGUAUUUUCAAGGAAAAGAUCACAUUUCUUACAAGAUGAUGAAUUUGGACGCCAAGUGCUUGCUGAGUUCCCUCUGAGUAUCGAAAGGCUAAAGGUUUUCCCACCCGUGAGCAAAUUGGAUCCCUCUAAAUAUGGUUCAGUGGAGUCAGCAUUGAAAGAAGAACACAUUAUAGGGCAGAUUGAAGGGAUGUCUAUUCAACAGGCAUUGGAAGAGAACAAGUUGUUCAUGGUGGACUAUCACGACUUUUACCUUCCAUUUCUGGAUCGAAUUAAUGCUCUUGAGGAGCGAAAAGCUUAUGCUACUACAACAAUCUUGUUCCUCACUAAAAUGGGAACUCUGAAGCCUAUUGCCAUCCAGCUUGCUCUUCCAACGGGGAAUCCAAAUACUUCAUCGAAGAAAGUUCUUACCCCUCCAACAGAUGCCACAUCUAAAUGGCUAUGGCAACUUGGCAAAGCACAUGUUUGCUCCAAUGAUGCUGGCGUUCAUACACUCGUGCACCACUGGUUACGAAUACAUGCUUGCCUGGAACCCCUAAUAAUCGCUGCUCAUCGGCAAUUGAGUGUGAUGCAUCCUAUAUUCAAGCUUUUGCAUCCUCAUAUGCGGUACACACUCAAAACAAAUGCAACAGCACGUCAGUCACUCAUCAAUGCUGAAGGUACCAUUGAGACAGACCACACUCCAGGGAGAUACUGUAUGCAAAUGACUUCCGCUGCAUAUAAAGAUUGGUGGCGGUUUGACUUGGAAGGUUUUCCUGAGGAUCUCAUAAGAAGAGGUUUAGCAGUUCCGGAUGCAACCCAGCCUCACGGCAUUAGAGUACUAAUUGAAGACUACCCUUACGCAGCUGAUGGACUUCUCAUAUGGUCCAGCAUAAAGAAUUUGGUCCGGACUUACGUGAACUAUUACUAUAAAAACUGUAAUGCCGUUUCUUCUGACAAUGAACUCCAAUCUUGGUACGCAGAAUUCAUCAAUCUCGGACACCCUGAUCAUAAAAGUGCUAGUUGGUGGCCCAAACUUGACCACCCUGAAGAUCUCAUCUCCGUACUUACAACCGUUAUUUGGCUUGUAACAGCACAACAUGCUGUCUUGAACUUCGGUCAAUAUCCCCAUGGUGGAUAUGUUCCAAUCCGUCCACCAUUAAUGCGAAAACUAAUUCCCAAGGAAGAGGAUCCCGAGUACUCAGAUUUUGUCAUGGAUCCGCAGAGAUACUUCUUAUCAUCACUGCCAAGUUUAUUUCAGGCAUCAAGGUUCAUGGCCGUGAUCGACAUUGGUUCUGCACACUCACCAGACGAAGAAUAUAUAGGAGAGAGAAACGAUUUGUCCUCUUGGGUAGGAGAACCUGAGAUCAUUGAUGCAUUCAAUCAAUUUUCAAUGGAUAUGAAAAGUAUUGAGAUUGAGAUCAAGAGAAGAAACGCCGAUCCAAAACUUAGAAACAGAUGUGGCGUUGACGCUUUACCAUUUGAACUGCUUGUACCAAGCUCUGGAUGUGGAGCAACAGGACGAGGGGUGCCAAAUAGUGUUACAGCCUAAUAGUUCAAUAUGUGGACAAAGCUGCAACUGAAUCAAUGUUAUAUUAUUCUUCACCUUAGCUGAAUUAAAAUUGGAUUCCAGAUUCGGUCCCCUAAAAGCACAAAUAAAUAUAAAAUACAAAAGGAAGUAAUGCUGGCUUGAAAUACUGUAUGUGUCAUGUGUACUUAGUAUAAUUAAGAAUCCCUUUCUAUAAAGUACAAACUUAUGCAUAUGACUGGAAUAAAUUAUUGAAAGGCAUUUGAAAUAUUUGUAAAUGUAUUAGAAAAAAAGGCUUCCCUACAAAUAUAUUCAUGUGGUAAGAAAUUUAUUCAGUUC